GAACACUAGCUGUAUCAUUUAUGGAAAUAUCACUAUAGUGAUUAUCCACUUCGGUUUACCCAAACCGGAUCUAACCAAACAGCUCAAGAUAUAAAAAUUUGCCGCAGGUGAUCCGGUUAAAUCGUAAUUGUAACUGAACCGAGAUCGGAUUAAAACAUAAGCUUCGUUGAGAAUCGUUUAUUUUAGGUUUUGGGGAGAUUCGUUCUCGUACUGUGGAUUGUUGUUGUUGUUGGGAUUAUCUGAGAAGAGAAGAAGAAAUGGGGAAGCAGCCGGUGAAAUUGAAGGCGGUGGUUUACGCACUUUCUCCGUUCCAGCAGAAGAUCAUGACCGGUCUCUGGAAGGAUCUGCCGGAGAAGAUCCAUCACAAGGUCUCUGAGAAUUGGAUCAGUGCCACUCUUCUCGUUACCCCUGUCGUUGCAACCUACUGGUAUGCUCAAUACUUCAAGGAACAGGAGAAGCUUGAGCACCGAUUCUGAAGCAUGAACUCACUCCUUUUCUACAAGAACCUUAUAGUUUGAAGUCACUUCUUUUGUUUGAAGUCAUAAUUUUCAUCAAAACUCAUGUGGGAAUCUUCUGAGUCAGUUUUUCUGAAACUCUAUUGCUAAAUAAAUGUUUUGGUUUCUUGACAAUGACUGUUGAUGUUCAUCUUUCUUGUUAUGGUAUGAAAAUUGGAUUGAAUCGAAUAA